GAUUUUUAAUUUUUGUCGCGUUCUUUGUAAAUCAGAUAUGUGAGUUGUAUAAUAGCGCACGCGCACAAAACUCGAUCGGAAAAUUUCUGUUGGAAACGAGAUCGUAUUUCCUUCUAUGAAUGUGUUUGAAUCGUGAAGAAUGGCUCCAAGGUACGAAUUAGCGGUAGGCCUUAAUAAAGGCCACAAAACCACCAAAAUCCGUGUGGCAAAAAAUAAAAAUGAGAAGAAGAAGACUGUGUGCGUUUUGCCAGCUAGAUUGAAGGGGAGGCAAACUAAACACAGUAAGUUUGUCAGAGACUUGAUCCGUGAAGUAACUGGUCAUGCACCAUAUGAAAAACGUGCUAUGGAAUUGUUGAAAGUUUCCAAGGAUAAACGUGCUCUGAAAUUCUUGAAGAGGAGGCUGGGCACGCACAUUAGAGCUAAAAGGAAACGUGAAGAACUUGGAAACAUCCUUGUACAAAUGAGGAAAGCAGCUGCCCACCAUUAAGUAACACAUUAAAUUUUUGUAAUAUAACAUAUUAAUAAAGUAUGUUCAAAAAAGGCGC